AUGGCGGAAGCAGAAGACGACUCGCAGCAGGAAUGGGCGGCCCAGGCAGAGGGUUUCAAGGCCGAGGGCAACGCGCGACUGGCAGCACAGCGGUACGCAGACGCAGUGGAGAUGUACACGCGGGCGAUCGAGCUGGACCCGGACAACGCCGUGUACUACAGCAACCGCUCGGCCGCGUAUCUCGCCAUGGGCGACGCGCGCGGCAAAGCUCUCCACGACGCCAAGAAGUGCAUUGAGCUCAAACCUGAUUGGUGGAAAGGGUACAGUCGUAAAGGGGCAGCAGAGCAUGCGCUGCAGCGCUUCGACGCGGCUCGGGCGACGUUCAACGAGGGGCUGCGACUCGAGCCGGAGAACUCGUCGCUUCUGCAGGCGGCAGAAGAGGCGUAUGCAGCUGGACAGAGGCAUAGCGAGCGCCUGAAGGAGCAGGAGAGGCUGAGGGUGGAGCAAGAGGAGAAGCAGCGGCAGUGCCAAGCCGCAGAGAGCGAGCGGAGGCUGAAGGAAGACGAGCAGGAGGAGAAGGAGGCGAAGCCAAAAGACGAAGACGCGCUGUUGGCAGAGUUUAUGUCGGAGGUGCAGGAGAUUGAGGAGAGUGCUAAUUGCAUCAAGAAAGAUACCGACAGCGAGGCAGCUGAGAAGAAGAAGAAGAUUGUGGACUUUGGCACGUCCGACGGGCAGAUUGAGCGGUUGCUGCAGCCGCAUUUCAAGUGGAUCAACUUGAACCCUUUUCGAGUGCUCAUGCUGGAUGUGGACGCCACGGAGGAGGACAUGAAGCAGCAUUACCGAAAGAUAUCGACUUUGGUACAUCCGGACAAGUGCCGCAACGCUAAAGCCCGCGACGCUUUUGAAGAGGUGACGAAGGCGUACAACCUGAUCACACAAGAAGAUCGGCGGAAGAUGUGUAUUCGCACGAUCGAGAAUGCAACGUUGGAGGUCAAGAAGGAUCGUCGCCGGAAGAUCAAGAAGGGUAUCAAAGAGAGCGAUUUGGGCGAUCUUGACGAGGCUCUGGAAAAAGCUGUGCUACGUGCGUUUGCCGAAAUCGAAAAUCGUCGCGUGAAUAUCGAGAAGCGCGAAGCUGCUCAGCGGCGGCGCGAGGCGGAGCAAGAGGAAAAGGAGCAUGCAAAGGUUGUGAAUAUGUUCAAGCGAGAGCGUUCGUGGGCAGAGAUGGACCGCCGGGAUCAGCGUGUCGGUAGCUGGCGGUCGUUCCAGAAAGGAGGUAAACGGAGGAAAGAAAUGGAUGCACAGGGAUGGAAAGAAGAAGCGCGGGAAGAGAAGAAAUUUGGCGAAGUGGACAAUGACGCUUACAAGAAAGGAUGGAAAUAA